GUAUUCCACGUCUCGAUGAGCGAACCGGUGCAUCCAGCCUGACAGGUGUUCGUGACGGACAAGUUCCUUAUUGCUUUAGAAAACUCUAAAAAGAAAAAUUGCAUUUCGCCGAUUGUUUUUUUUCUUCCACCCGAUCCUUUUAUAUCAUAAGCGUUUGUGUGAUAUGCGUUUUGCACGCAUACUCGGCGGACACUUCAUGGAAAUGGAGUAAAACGUUGCUUUACGAGGAUUAUAAUGAUCAAUUUUGAUUGACACCAUCGGAGAAGUAUUCAUUCAACUUUAGAUUUGUGGUUGGAGUAAGCUUCGAAGUUUGAGUUUCUUCAUGUGAAGCCAAUCAGGAAGUCCACCAUGAGGAAGACCAAGCAGAUCAAUGUCAAGCGGACCCUCGCUCUGGCCCGAGCCUUUCACUUCCUAUAUUCCUGCGCCAAAUCCUGCCUGCUCCCCUUCCUCACACUGUACUUCAGAGACCUGGGCCUGGCUCCUGAGAUGGUCGGCAUCAUCAUGGGCACCAAGCACAUCAUAUCACUGCUGUGGCAGCCUCUCUCCAGCCUGCUCGCCAAGAUGUACAACAAGAGGCGAGCGGUGAUUCACGGCUCUGUGGUGUGUUCAGCCGCGGUGGCGCUCAUCCUUCUUCUUUUUCCACCUGCUGAUUUGCAAACUCAGAACAUCUGUAAUGACUCAAAUCUGAGAAGCUCUCCAUCCCCCAGAGAGCCUCAGCUAAAAGUCAGCACGGAUCCGGCCUCCUGGUUAACAAUCCCAUUUCCUGCAAACAAAACAGAUGUUGCAGAAGACAGAACUUCACAGCUUCCUAUGGGAAGAACAAACAAUACAGAGGAACCAAAGAACAAAAACUUAGUGAGGAAGAAGAAACACAAACGGGAGGCAGAGGAAGGUCAAUUAGAUUUUCUAUCCAGGCUGAAGGUGAUGGAUGUUCAACACCAACUGUUCUUCCUGGUUCUUAUCACAGUGUCCAUAUGGGAACUGAUGGCAGCUCCUCUGGAGUGGACAGCGGACGACGGCUUGCACGAUUAUCUGGAUUUUGCCGAUGCUUCCGAUCGUUACAGCAGCACCGGUGUUUGGCCUUUACUCGGAGCCGCUUCCGGGGUCGGAGGAGCGGGAUUCCUCGUCAGCCGGUUAAACUGUUCGAUCCUCGGUGGCACGUCCAAAACCGCCGUGCACUUUUUCUGCUACGCCGCUGUGUCGGCGCUGGCCUUACCCAUCGCGGCGUUCCUCCCUCUUCACCUGAACAAGCAGCAAAGCAAAGUUAACCGACCCCUCAAAGCCAUCCAGCUGGUUCGCGGCUCCCAGCGUGCCGUGCUCUGUGCCGUCACGGCUCUGUUAAUGGGGGCGACCCGAUCGAAUGUGGACAACUUCCUUUUAUGGCAGAUGCGAGAUCACCACAGCACCGAGCUGCACAUGGGGGUGUCCCUCGGCCUCGCGUUACUCUCACAGGCCGCCUUCCCUCUCCUGGCUGCCCGACUGACUCGACUGCUCGGCUCAGGGAGAGUUCUGGCGCUAGGUGCGGCCGCUCUUGGAUUACAAUGUUUGUAUUAUUCAUUCCUAUGGGGACCUUGGGCUGUGCUACCUGCUCAGCUUUUCAGCUGUUUCAGCUGCGGAGCCUUCUGGUGGGCCGUCAAAGUCCACAGCGAUGAUAUCGCCACGCCGGGAACGGAGCGUAGCAUAAAGAGACUCUACAAUGUCUUGUCUUUAGAUUUUGGGAGUGCAUUAGGAAGUUUUGCUGGAGGGUUCGUCGUACGCUGGUGUGGACUGGACUGGCUCUUCAGAGGGGCGGCCGUGGUUCUGAUACUGUGGUGCGUUUGCUUGCCUCUGCUCCAGUGGAACGCCCCCCGCCAGUACAGGAUCAAUUAUUCUCGUCUUCUGGCAGCAGAUGCCAGCGAGGCGAGUGACUCGGAGUCAGAGGAAGAAAGAGACUGGCUGGAGAAAGCUAUGGAAGAUGACGGUAGCAAGAACCGUAAUUAUGGAAGGACACUAAAGCCCUAAUCUCAACCGUGAGAAAAUAAAGCAAACACUCAAGUGUGAAGUUUCAACCAAAAAAAUGAAUAAUGCAGGACAAUGUUGCCCGAUAUGGACAUAAGAAAUAAUCAUAAAUAAAUAAUGGAAUUCAUCAGGUAUAUUUUCCUCUAAAUUGUCAAAAUUCCCAAAUUCCACUGUGGAUCACAGAAAACCUUUGUGUCUAAAUAUAACUUCUCAACAUAUCUAAACAUAUUUCUUUAACACUAAUAUUUUUUUAUUGCGUUGGCCAAACAGUUUUUCAGUGACUAACAUAAAAUAGCUUACAAAAAAAAAAAAAUCUGCUAAAUAUGUGAAUACCAAAGCCAGGAAUAUUUAUAUAUCUUUAUUUCGGGAUCACCUCCAAAAAUAUUCCACUUAGAUCUAAGAUCAGUCUUUUUUCCUCCCUUGCUUUUGUUAAUUUUAUGGAGUGGAGGCAUAAACUGUUGUUAUACAUUUACACAAGCCGCUCAUCUUUCAGCAAACAUCUCCCGGGACCGCGCGAGAGGCGAGGAAGGCUCAAUAGCAAAUCCACUCCAUAAAAAUGCAAAUACAGGACGUGUGCUCAAGGCGAGGUUCGGCUUCUGUGCUAUCCUCUCCUGUCACACCCACUUGGCACCUAAUCUGUUUAAUUCCUGCUAAUGUUGGAAUGAGGUGACUGUACAGUAUUUGUGUUGAACAGUAAAUUGCUUUAUUCAAAUUCAAAUCUUUUCUUUGCUACAAAUGAACUCUCCAAGGAUAGCAAUAGAUGCAUACAGCUUUGACUGAACAUAUGGCCAACCCCCCCCCUCAAGAGCCUAAUUUGUGAAAUCAACUCAUCCAUAUUAUGUUGUUUACCAGCGGAACUCAAUCAGGUAAUUCUGAUGAGAGAGCCGCCCCCAUCCAGCUAAUGCCUUUGUGGUUAGAGCUCAGUUGACUAUUAAAACAGCAGGUGUCUCACUA